AGAGGCAAGGGCCUCUUAGCUAACUACCCCUUGGUUUCUCAGAGCAGAGCUCAAGCUUCUUCCACCCUUCUACUCAAAACCAGAGCAUCUUACUGAAGAAAGUGGGAUUUCUCUUUCCUGUUGGAUGUGAACAAAAAUUUGAAAAUGCCUGUCAGGAGGGGGCAUGUGGCCCCUCAGAACACUUAUUUGGAUACAAUCAUCAGGAAAUUUGAAGGACAAAAUCGCAAGUUUAUUAUUGCCAAUGCCCAGAUGGAGAAUUAUGCUAUCAUUUACUGCAAUGAUGGCUUCUGUGAGAUGUUUGGCUACUCUCGGGUAGAAGUUAUGCAACGGCCUUGCAGCUGCAGUUUCCUCACUGGGCCUGACACCACACCCAACUCCAUUGCCCAGCUGGGACAAGCGUUGCUUGGAUCUGAGGAAUGCAAACUGGAGAUCCUCUACUACAGGAAAGACACAUCACGCAUUCAUUGUUUAGUGGAUGUGGUCCCUAUAAAGAAUGAAGAAGGAAUUGUCAUCAUGUUUAUUUUGAACUUUGAGGACCUGGCAGUUCUCAUUGCCAAAAGUGCCCGACAGAGUCUACACCAGCGUCUUACCCAAGGAUGGCAUACAGAAAGUUCCCAAGCCAAACUCAACCAGAAUUCCACAUCAGAUGCAAACCUCAUGAAAUAUAGGACAAUCAGCCAGAUUCCACAGUUCACCCUCAACUUUGUGGAAUUCAACCUCGAGAAGCAUCGUUCAGGCUCUACCACAGAGAUUGAGAUAAUCGCCCCGCACAAAGUAACAGAACGCACCCAGAAUGUAACUGAAAAAGUCACUCAGGUCCUAUCACUGGGAGCAGAUGUCCUCCCAGAGUAUAAGUUGCAGGCACCACGCAUCCAUCGAUGGACCAUUCUGCAUUACAGCCCCUUCAAAGCAGUAUGGGACUGGCUUAUCCUACUACUGGUCAUCUACACAGCUGUCUUCACUCCCUACUCGGCUGCUUUCUUGCUCAAUGAAGAGCAGGAAGAGAAGGAGACAGACUGCAGCUAUUCAUGUGAUCCUCUCUAUAUAAUUGACCUCAUUGUGGACAUCAUGUUUAUAAUUGACAUUGUCAUUAAUUUCCGCACUACUUAUGUCAACAUGAAUGAUGAAGUAGUCAGCCACCCAGGAAAGAUUGCUAUCCAUUAUUUCAAAGGCUGGUUUCUCAUUGAUAUGGUUGCUGCCAUCCCCUUUGAUUUACUCAUCUUUCGCUCUGGAUCUGAUGAGACAACAACUCUGAUAGGGCUUCUAAAGACUGCACGACUCUUACGCUUAGUGAGAGUGGCCCGCAAGUUGGACCGCUAUUCAGAAUAUGGGGCCGCUGUACUCUUUCUGCUCAUGUGCACAUUUGCUCUCAUUGCCCAUUGGCUAGCCUGCAUUUGGUAUGCUAUUGGCAAUGUGGAGCGGCCAUAUAUGAAGCAUAAGAUUGGAUGGCUGGACAACCUCGGUGACCAGAUUGGCAAACCCUACAAUAACAGUGACCUCUCGUCUGGCCCUUCCAUCAAAGAUAAAUACGUGACUGCUCUCUACUUCACAUUCAGUAGUCUUACCAGUGUGGGCUUUGGCAAUGUCUCACCCAAUACCAACUCUGAGAAGAUUUUUUCCAUCUGCGUCAUGCUUAUUGGCUCUCUCAUGUAUGCUAGCAUUUUUGGCAAUGUUUCUGCUAUCAUCCAGCGCUUAUACUCUGGCACAGCUCGCUACCACACCCAGAUGUUAAGGGUCAAGGAGUUCAUCCGUUUCCACCAAAUCCCCAAUCCUCUACGCCAACGCCUUGAAGAAUAUUUUCAACAUGCCUGGUCUUACACCAAUGGUAUUGACAUGAAUGCGGUGCUGAAAGGAUUUCCUGAUUGCCUACAGGCUGAUAUCAGCCUCCACCUCAAUCGCACCCUUCUCCAAAAUUGCAAGGCCUUCCGAGGAGCUAGCAAAGGCUGCUUACGUGCCUUGGCAAUGAAGUUCAAGACAACACAUGCCCCUCCUGGUGAUACCCUGGUGCAUUAUGGAGAUGUCCUUACCACUCUUUAUUUUAUCUCACGUGGCUCCAUUGAGAUCCUCAGGGAGGACAUAGUAGUGGCCAUUCUAGGAAAGAACGACAUUUUUGGAGAGCCUAUCAGUCUGUAUGCCAGACCUGGAAAAGCCAAUGCAGAUGUGCGAGCCUUGACUUAUUGUGACUUGCAUAAGAUUCACCGGGAAGAUCUCCUGAAAGUCUUGGAUAUGUAUCCAUCCUUUUCAGAUAACUUUUGGAGCAAUUUGGAGAUAACGUUCAACUUGAGAGAUGCAGAUAGUAUUCCUCGUUCUUUCCUCAGUGAAGACUACACAUGCAACUAUCGCCAAACACGUCAUCAUAAACAUUCUCCCUGCCAAGCUAACAAAAUUGGUGACAUGGAUGCAGGCAACUCAGACUUGGAGCAAUGUCAUGGAUACUCUGAAUUUACACCAGUGCAGCAUCCUGACAUGCACAGCACCACAACAUCCUGCUCCCAAAUGAGUGAAGAGGAAGCCAAGAUGCCCAAUCCCAUCAAGGUUGAUCCUUUCACAGAUACUGAAAACAAUGAUUUUGUCCCAACUGUGGUAAACCUGGUCACUGAUGGCACAAAGGCCAAUCAACUGGUAACUGAAGAAAAUUUAGCCUACGCAGCAACAUCAUUGGAUGUUUCCAACCUGUUCACAUUCUGGGAGAAAAAAAAGCCCAGUCUCUUGUCGGAGCCUUUCCAGCACAUCUCCUUGGUACAUAGUCCAAUGGGCACACCUCUAAAUCCUGAGGAUGGACCACGGCAGAUUGAAGCAAAGCUGGAAUGCCUGCAGGCACAGCUUAGCAGACUAGAAUCCAGGAUGUCUUCCGACAUUAAUCUCAUUCUGCAGCUGCUACAGCGCCAGCUGUCUCAAGUGCCACCUGCAUAUAGUUCCAUCUCGCCUUCCUCCCGUAAUUUAUCUCUGUAUAGCAUGAACCUAAGGAACACAGAACCUGAUCCAUCCCUGGGAGAAGAGGAACUGACUCCCCUGAAAGAGAUUCCAAAUUAUUGUGAAAUUGGAAAAAAAACAGUAAAAUCUAGGAAUUUGUUGUCAAGUGGUUUACCCCUGUCACUGGCUUUAAAUGAUACUGUAGCAAUCAAUUCCCAGCAACAGCUUUAUCCACAGUUCCUGUCAAAACAAGAACCUCACUGGAGGAUACCUAAUAACCAGAAACUUUUCCAAGGAUCUCGUUUCCAUUCUCUCCCUGAACACCUUGAGGCAACAUCUGAGCAUUUGGACAUUCAGAGACAUCUCUCUGACCCACUCCUUCCUAUAGUUUAGGAAUCCAAGUGCACAGAAAGCCAAGCGAAGAGGAGUUGAAUUGAGAAAUCAUUUAGUAUAGGGUUUACUCCUUACACUUGGAGGACAUUUCCAGCGUACUGUAACUAUGUUCUGCUCUCUGAGAAAAGGGCAAUUUAAAAGAGAAUUGACUUCAUUGAUUUCUAACACAGAGAA